UACGUCUCUCUCCUGCGUUAAGGUCCUCACUACUACAUCGCCACCGGCUUGCAAGUUCCCACUGUGGGGCCCUAGCACUCGUACCUUGAGGCCCCUGGGCGGAGCUCACCGUUCCCUCUCCUACAGACCGCCCCUCGCAACACGUGGCUCAGAAAGAACUCCUGUCAGACAGGCCCUGACCGGGAUAGCGGACAGUUCAGUAGGGCAUUAAGGGUUGCACUAAGCAAUUUGUGCAUCAAGCAGAACCAGCGAACAACCGUUUGCUGCUACAUAGUAUUUGUGCAUUAUACAGUGCUCGUGUAAACCAAAUGUAGUGGUUACAGCCUGAUUGUAAAAAGCAUUCCAGCACAAAUGGCUGAGGUGCUAUGUAAUUAAUGAAAUUCUGCAAGUGGAGCAUGUCGUCCAUAUGUGCCGGCUGGGGUGAUUUGAACGAUCAAGAUGUUGUUACCAUUAUGUGAUUUCGACAGAGGAAAUUCGUGAAGUGCAAACAGUUACGCGCGUGGUAAUUGCUUGUUGGUGAAGGGUGAUUUUAUGAUGGCGUCGGAUGAUGACGAGCCUGCUCUGCAGGCGUUCAAUGGCGAAAGCAUCGGCGAUAGUUGUAGUCCAUGUGGAGUAUUGCCCGUCACAGGGAUUGCUAAAAAGAAUAUCGCUUUAGUCCAACACGGAAAUGGGACAAUGAGCCAUACGAUGCAUCAGACUGCGUAUUCGUACCCGCUAAUUAUGUCGUCUGCAUCUUCAAUGUUCGAUGGUCUCGUUAUUGAUAUUCGGGGCUGGCGGAAAAAAUACCUUUUUAUGCUUCUUAUCACACUAUCAUGGCUGGCCGCUUUUAAUCUUCUGCUCACCUUGUGGAUAUCGAAAGCAAUAAACUUCUCGUUUACAGCAGGCCUAGCUUCUAUUGCCAUUAAGGCAAACUCGCUAAGAGCAGACAGCGUGGUAAACUUCCUAGACAAUAUCGCCGUCAAGAACAUUCACUCGCGAAUAGAUGAGCCGAUUCUGGUCCAGUCAUUGGUGAAUAUUACCCUCUCAUCGACUUCCAAUACUAAGAACGCGACAUCGACAAGUUACAUGUCAAUUGCCCCCGAAAGGGUGGAGGUUUUCGCCGAAAGCUUCUCCAUUCAUAAUGCAAAGGGGCGCUUAAUUUUUCAAGCGAGUGAAGGUCAACAAGCUCCUGCAGUCACUACGGCGGUGCAUACAUUGAAGAUUACUGGUCGAAGUGGAGUUCGGUUUGCGGAUGGCGUAUCGGUACAGACACCGAUGGUAGCAUGGGGUGACUUCGGCGGUCUGCGUGUGGAAAGCGCCACUCGCGAAUUACGUGUAGAGGGCCCACGAGCUGUUACUCUGGAUUCUUCCGAGUCGAAUCUUACUCUUGAGUCUAAUGGAAAUCUUACUAUUGCAUCUAGUGAGGGACAGAUUAUACUCUCGGCAGAUUCAAUUUAUCUAGAUAAACUUCGUAGCCCGUUGGGGUCGAGGACGGGAAAACCGUAUGGAGGCGUCUAUCAACUGUGCGGGUGUUCUAAUGGACGACUUUUCCUAGCAGCACCAGCUGCCCUCUGCAGGGCCUAUCAUCCGCGCAUUUGCGGGAGCAACCUUACGAGCCGUCGGCAGAGUCGCGUGUAAAACCGGAGCGUGUCAAUGCUAAUAAUUGGGAUGGAUAGUGUUCACCUGAUCGAUUUGCAUACGCGACGUACAAUACAACUGCGGAACAAGAGUGCGUGACCGCUGCCAAUGAAAGAAAAUGUAACUUGGCCUGGACAAAUAGCGAAAAGUGAAUAAA